GGGGGCGGGGCCGGUGUGCGUCACAGAACAAAGCGAUGGAACGCGGCGGCUGUCAUGGUGACGGAGCAGGUACUUGUGGCAUGAGUGGAUGAGUGCAACUAUGAGUGUCUUGAUGAUUGAAGCCUUCUACGGAGGUUCCCACAAACAGCUGCUUGACCUACUUCAAGAGGAGAUCGAGGGAUGUGCUGUCUUCACCUUGGCAGCGAAGAAAUGGCAUUGGAGAGCACGCACUGCUGCACUUUACUUCAUGGAGACGGUACCUCCCAGUGACAAUUAUAGGGUUCUGUUCACAAGCUCGGUCCUUAACCUGGCUGAACUGGUUGCCCUCCGACCCGACCUUGCCAAAUUGAAAAAGGUCCUGUACUUCCAUGAGAACCAGUUGGUAUAUCCUGUCCGGAAAAGCCAAGAAAGAGACUUUCAGUAUGGAUACAACCAAGUGAUUUCAUGCUUGGUGGCUGACAUGGUGGUGUUCAACUCCGAGUUCAACAUGGAAUCAUUCCUCACAUCCAUAGGCUCUUUCAUGAAGCUAAUCCCUGAUCACAGACCCAAGGAGCUCGAGCAACUCAUCAGACCUAAGUGCCAAGUGUUGUAUUUUCCCAUCAGAUUCCCUGAUGUUACCAGAUUCCUGCCAGCACAUAAAACUCGCCACAGUCAGCAGGCAACAGGUCUUCAAGGUGACGAAACAGCGAAGGGUCCGUUUGUGUUACGAAACAGUGAAGAGGGAGAUGGAUUGAUGGAGGAAAGGCUUUCAAGUCUGGAACCUGGAUAUGUUGAGAAACAGCUCGUCAGGAAACACGACAGACUAUUAAUCCAGGCAGAACCACUGACAGAGCCAAACUGUAUCAAACAGACUGAAGAUCCAAUUGCUUAUCAUGAAGAAAGAGAUAAGGAACAUAUGGCCUUUAACCCCUGCAGCAUGAUGGGUGGGAAUUUGGAAGGAAAGAGCAAUGUGGCAGCCGAGGAUAAGCCUUUACAUAUUGUCUGGCCUCACAGGUGGGAACAUGACAAAGACCCCGAGGUCUUCUUCAAGACUCUGCUGAAGCUGAAGGAAAAGGGACUAAGCUUUCAAGUGUCUGUUCUUGGCGAGACCUUUAAUGAGGUGCCAGACAUCUUUGCCAAAGCCAGAAGGGAAUUGGGUUCCUCUGUUUCGCACUGGGGCUACCAAGCCAGGAAAGACAACUACCUCAAAGUCCUGUGCAUGGCAGACAUUGUCAUCUCAACAGCGAGACAUGAAUUCUUUGGAGUGGCAAUGUUAGAAGCUGUUCACUGUGGAUGCUACCCGUUGUGCCCUAAAGCCUUGGUGUAUCCAGAGAUCUUUCCAGCUGAAUAUCUCUACUCCACACCUGAACAGCUUCUUAAAAGGCUUCAGAAUUUCUGCAAGCAACCAGAUCUUGUAAGGAAGAAGGUUAUCAAGGUUGACACGGCCCGGUUUUCCUGGUUAGCACUUCGUGGGAAAUUCAGGUCUCUGCUCACAGCAGAAGCUCGAGAAGAUUUGUGACAGAUGGGUUCAAGUCACAAACUUGCAGCCUAAGGCAGAAUCUGUGGAAGUUUCCACAGUGUGCCCAUAUUUACCUGAUCAGAGAGAAAGAAAAAAAAAUCUGCAGAGGAAGCUGAGGCUGGCUGCCUGUCAUAGCUGACACAAAGCCAUCUGCCACAAACCUGUGGCAGCUUCAGAUCUCCGUUCCCUGCCACCACCCCAACCCAAAUUAAAUACAGAUUCAUAUAGAAGUUACGACGGUUAAACAUGUCCCUGUUUCACAUGCAGGAGACUAUCUGCUCAGAAAUAUGUGGCCUGUUGUGUAACCACAUUCAUGUAUCCCAUAUGUGGUGCCACAUUGAAUUUCCGGUCGAAUCUGUUUUUAUCCUUUGUACUGUAUGACAUGGUGCCUAAAUACUUUCUUCUCGCGGACUUGAUGGCAGCCAAGCUACAGCUUCAAAAGCUCUCACUUGGCUGCGUUUCUACCUAGGUUGCCAGGUUAUCGUUGGAGUCCUGUCAUGUCCUCAAAGGGCCACAGGGUCUGAAAGGAGGAUCAGAGUGCUAGUGGACUAAUUGGGCAGCCAUCCAUGAAUUGUUCUCAGGCAAAGACUGCACUUUGUAUUUCCCUUUUUCUUUGCAAAUUAAUCACUGCGGUGCAGGGAUUUUUUUUUAAGCAAAGGUAUUAAUACGAAGUCUGGCAGGUAUUCCCUUGAUCUGCUGUCUUACGUUUGCAAUUAAUUAAUCUUAACGAAAGCUGAAAGAUAAACAGCUGUAAUUGAAACUAGUAUUGAGAAUAUGCUACGUGGUGCCAUCUAUCUGAAAAAAGGAGAGCCGAGAUGCUUUUCUCUGUUUCCGCCACCCUUUCAGACAGUGAAACAAGUAGCCACUAUCGAAAUCUACCUCCAAUGGACCGACUCGUAUCAGAUUGUAGCUGCAAGCAGAUGCUGCUUCGAGAAGUGAAUCAAAAACACAAUUAAAGAACAAAGGUUUUGUCGGAGUAAAUAUUAAAUGAAUGUCCAGAAAUUUCAGCAUAGACACUGAAGAUUAAUUAAUACAUGCCUGCAGAGAGCAAACAGAGCCCUCUUACUUCUCUGAUACCUCACAGCUGUGUCACAACGCAAAGGUAUUUUUUUUCUCUCUCCCUUUUAAAUCAUACAGUAGUUCUGUUUGAGGUCAUAGGCAAAGCUUUCUUCUCAGCAUCUCCUCUGUGAUAGUGUGUCUCUGUCGCUUACAGCAAUGUUUUUUGGCUUUUAGAUAGAUUUGGCUUUUUACUCUGGAAAGCUGAUGGUAUGACACCAGGCCAGGAAAAUAUAAGCAGCAGUUAAAAAAAAAGCCUUGGCAAGAUAGGGCUUAAUGAAUCUAUCUACUUAAUUUUUUUGUUUUAAAAAAUGUUUUAUGAAUAAUGUUGUUUGUUAGGAGGAGAAUGUGCUUAACUGUGGCAUUAAUAGACUUUGCAGAGGUUACUCAAGCCCCUGGGUACAUCACAAAACUGUCCUCCUACACGAUAGAGCAUGCAGCUGCAAUUUAGCCCCAGGCACACCUAGCCACAGUCACUAUCUAAUGCAUUUUACAUUUGUGCAGAUGAAAAAAGGAGGACUUUGCACUCUUUGUUCCUUUGUACCUCUCAUCAGCUGCCACAUGGAAAGUGUAGUGUAGGUUUUUCUUUGUCUUUAAUCUGUAAUUAGGAAUUCUGUGUAUAGUCUCUUCAUUGUGGUUGCCAUCGGAGUUGACAAAUAUUACUAAGGGAUCAUGGUAGUCAAGUGUAAGGAAUAGAAUAAUACAUCAUGCCAGCGCUGGGAAGUUUGGGGAGGAGCUUUCUCUGCUUCUAAAUUCCCACUUAAAUGGGACCACUGUGUGCUUGCGGGAAAUAAACCCUGCUUUAUUUUCAGAGACGCAAAAACAAAAGGCACAAAAUUGUGCCGGGCAUUAAAUUCUUUCACCUGGUUACUAUGACAAAAUAACAAGGCAUUAAUGCAAUUUUUUCAUCAUGACUGAAAGUGUCAGACUGAUUCAGAUGUGCACAUUACAGUGCUAAGUCUGCACACCCACGACUUACGAGGUUGUGGGGGCGGGGAGGGGGUAAGCGCGAGAGGAGGAAGACAGAGUGGCAGUAGCUCCUUCUGACUCUAUAAUGGCGGGUUCGGUGUCAUUAACCCCUUGAGGUCAAUCAUCCAAUUAUUGCUUGAAUGUCAGUUGUUCCAAAGUGUUAAAAGUAUAUGAAAAAACACCUCUCGCAAACAAGAAAUGUCAUAGUCGGGCCUGAAAUGCAUCUUAAACGGUCUCCCGCUUGCCACUGGCUGAUACAGUUGUUUCGCUCGUACAGCCAAGGAGUUUAUUUUAGAAUCUGCAGACCCAUAUUUUCGGCUUGUAAAUUUUUUUUUGGGGGGGUGGGGGAGGGGUUGUCAGCCGAGUGUCUGACACACGCGGAAACCCAUCACCGUGCUUCAGAGUAUUCAAACUUGUAAAAUCACUUCUCGAAAUUAAAAAUUAAUCCCCAAA